AUGGUGGACGAGGAGCCAGUAAGCGGAAGGCGAAGGUCAAGGGGACCGGAGGCCACCGCUCGCAGUGAAGCGUUGGAGCGUCUAAAGGCUCGCCUCCAAGGCGGUCGUCGAUCCGACGGCACUGGGCCCCAAAUCAGGUUAGAAAACCCUAUCUACGACACUGUCCCUGAGGAUGAGUACAACGCCCUCGUCGCUAAACGCCGUGAACAGGCGCGCUCCUUCAUCGUCGACGAUGAAGGAAUCGGAUACGGCGAUGAGGGCGAGGAAGAGGACUGGUCUCAAGCUGGAUUCACUCUCUCCUCCGAUAAAUCCGAAGGCGAAUCGGAGAGACCGAAGCGGAAGAAGGUCGAGAAGAAGGAUCCCCAGCCAAAACGUCCUUCUUCGUCGCUCUCCGCCGCUGCAGCCAUGAUGGGAGGGCAGAGGCUGUCUUCCAUGUUCACUUCUUCCGUUUUCAAGAAGAGCAGAGACGACAAAGCCUGCGAGAGCAUCGUCGACGAUGUUAUCGCUGAAUUCGCUCCGGACGAGACCGAUAGACUGAGGCGCAGAAGAGCGCAAGGGAAUUCCUCUUCGUCUUCCAUUUCCGUUGCAAACAAUACUUUGCGUGUUAACAACACAUAUAAGGAUAAGCCUUCUGCUGAUAUGAUGGGAGGUUUUUCUUCAUUGUCGGAAAAUGGUGACGCGGAGUCUGUUAAGGUAAUUGUUGAUAGCGAUGGUUUUGAGUCGGGGUUUGAGCAAAAGAGCGAGGUGGUUAGUCAAAUCGAAGAUUUCGGGCGUGGAAGUUCUGAAAAUGGACUGGCACCGAUGGUGGAAGCUGAUGAUUGUAAAAUUAUUGAAGGCAUGGUUGAGGAGAAAGAGGUGAAGAGUUUUGAAAUUGAAGUCAAAGCAGGUGCGAAAAAGGAGGUGUUCACUUUGAACGCGAAGGUUAAAGAGGAGGAGGAUCCUGCAUUGUUUGCGACUGCUGGUUGGAAGGAAGCAAUGCGCGAUGCUGGUGGCGUCGAUGUUGCUGUUUCGAAGGAUGCUUUGCAUAACCAACAACACUCAGAGUUUGACCUGGAGGAAGAUGGAUCACUGCCUUUCUAUAUAUUAGAUGCCUACGAGGAGUUUUAUGGGGAAAAUAGGGGCACCCUUUAUCUGUUUGGGAAGGUUAAAACAGGGGAUUUGUAUCAGAGUUGCUGUGUUAUUGUGAAGAACAUGCAAAGGUGCGUCUAUGCAGUUCCUAGCCGACCUUUGCAUCGGACUGAAGAGAUGACUAGUCUUGAAAGAGAUGCCCAGGAGUCUCGAAUUUCUUCUGCAGAUUUAUUUAAAAAGUUGCAAGAUGCAGUGUCUGAUGUGAAGAACGAGAUAGCACAGCAUUUGGUGAAUUUGGAUGUUUCUAACUUCAGCAUGGCACCUGUUAAGAGGAAAUAUGCAUUUGAACGAUUUGAAAUUCCUGCAGGUGAAAAUUAUGUCGUAAAAAUCAAUUAUUCAUUCAAGGAUCCUGUACUUCCAGUAGAUCUCAAAGGAGAAAGUUUCUGUGCUCUCUUAGGAACUGGUUGCAGUGCGCUCGAGCUUUUUCUGAUUAAACGGAAGAUAAAGGGGCCUUCAUGGCUACAGGUUUCUAAGUUUUCUAUGAGCUCAUCUUCCCGAAGGGUUAGCUGGUGCAAAUUUGAAGUGACCGUUGACUCACCUAAACACAUAAGAACUUCAGCUCCUUCAAAAAUCACUUCUAAGAUUCCUCCGGUGGUUGUUGCAGCGAUAAACUUAAAAACCAUCAUAAAUGAAAAACAGAACAUAAAUGAGAUUGUAUCAGCAUCAGUUGUCUGUUGCAACAUGGUUAAGGUUGUUUUUGGGUCCUUUUUUAGUGUUUGCUUACCAUCACUUUGGGUUUCUUAUGCAUUGAAUGUUCAAAUAACUGUCCCCGAGUAUCUGGUCCUAUCAAUUGAUACCCCUAUGAUGGCUUCAGAGUGGAGGAGACCGGGAAGAUUGACCCAUUUUACUGUUGUUCGUAAACUAGACGGGAGUAUAUUCCCUAUGGGAUUCAACAAGGAGGUUACAGACAGAAACAUAAAAUCUGGUUCAAAUAUUCUCUGUGCUGAAAGCAGUGAAAGAGCUUUGUUGAACCGCUUGAUGUUAGAAUUACACAAGUUGGAUAGUGAUGUUCUUGUUGGACAUAAUAUUUCUGGAUUUGACUUGGAUGUUCUUCUCCACAGAUCCCAGGCUUGCAAAGUAGCAAGCAGCAUGUGGUCUAAGCUAGGUCGACUCAACCGAUCGACAAUGCCUAAACUUGGACGAAGAAGCAAGGUUUUUGGUUCUGGAGCAGAUCCUGGUAUCAUGUCUUGCAUUGCUGGCCGGCUUCUUUGUGAUACAUACACAUGUUCCCGUGACCUAUUAAAGGAGGUUAGUUAUUCUUUAACUCACCUUGCAAAAUCACACCUGAACAAGUUUAGAAAGGAAGUUGCUCCACAUGAAGUUCCAAAAAUGUUCCAAUCAGCAGAAUCCCUAAUGGAGCUUAUUGAAUAUGGUGAAACAGACGCAUGGUUGUCUAUGGAACUCAUGUUUUAUUUAAGUAUUCUUCCGCUGACACGUCAGCUUACUAAUAUAAGUGGUAAUCUGUGGGGGAAAACUCUUCAGGGUGCUCGAGCACAGAGAGUUGAGUAUCUUUUGCUGCAUACAUUCCAUGCAAUGAAAUAUAUGGUGCCAGACAAGUUCUCAAACUAUGCAAAAGAAACAAAAUUGACGAAACGUAGAGUAACUAAUGAUGUUGAGGAUAGCAAUUAUGAUGUAGAUAUUGACGAUGCAAACUAUGACAAUGAUGCUUCCGAAGCAGAUAAUAAGAAAAGCAAAAAGGGUCCUUCAUAUGCUGGGGGACUGGUUUUGGAGCCAAAGAAGGGUCUAUAUGACAAAUAUAUAUUGCUUCUGGAUUUCAACAGUCUUUAUCCUUCUAUUAUUCAGGAGUACAAUAUCUGCUUCACAACUGUUGAAAGAUCUAUGGACGGAUCUUUUCCACGUCUACCAUCUAGUAAAACAACUGGAGUCUUGCCCGAGGUGCUAAAAAAUCUGGUCGAUCGGAGGAAAAAGGUAAAGUCAUGGAUAAAGAAUGAAAAAAAGAAGAAUGACAAAGCUGAUCCUAUUAGAGUUCAGCAACUGGAUAUUCAGCAGCAAGCACUGAAGCUUACUGCAAACAGUAUGUAUGGGUGCCUGGGAUUUUCCAAUUCAAGAUUUUAUGCUAAGCCAUUGGCUGAGCUCAUUACUCUACAAGGAAGAGAGAUACUGCAGAGUACUGUUGAUUUAGUCCAGAAUACCUUGAAUUUAGAGGUUAUCUCUAGUACUUUUCAUCUUGGAGUGAUCUAUGGCGAUACUGAUUCAAUAAUGAUUUACAGUGGGCUAGAUGAUAUUGAGGAAGCUAAUAAAAUUGCGCUAAGAGUUAUUCAAGAGGUCAACAAGAAAUAUACAUGUUUGGAAAUUGAUCUUGAUGGUUUAUAUAAAAGGAUGCUGCUUCUCAAGAAAAAGAAGUAUGCAGCUGUAAAGUUGUUGUUUAAAGAUGGCACCCCAUAUGAGGUUAUUGAACGUAAAGGUCUUGACAUCGUUCGUCGAGAUUGGAGUGUAUUAGCUAAAGAAUUAGGAGAUUUUUGCUUGACUCAAAUUUUGUCAGGAGGGUCAUGUGAAGAUGUAGUGGAGUCAAUCCACAAUUCUCUCAUGAAGAUACAAGAAGAAAUGAGGAAUGGAAAUGUACCACUAGAAAAAUAUGUCAUUACAAAGACAUUGACUAAACCUCCUGAAGCUUAUCCUGAUGCCAAGAACCAGCCACAUGUUCUUGUGGCACAAAGAUUGAAGCAACAAGGUUACUCUUCUGGCUGCUCUGUUGGUGAUACAAUCCCUUACAUAAUUUGCUAUGAGCAGGGCGGUAAUUCAGGCAGUGGUGGUGGCAUUGCUCAACGUGCUAGACAUCCUGAUGAACUUAAACGAGAACAAGGGACAUGGCUGAUUGACAUUGAUUACUAUUUAUCUCAACAGAUCCAUCCCAUAGUAUCACGUCUUUGUGCAUCAAUUCAGGGCACAAGCCCAGAAAGACUGGCUGAUUGCUUAGGGCUCGACUCGUCCAAGUUUCAUCAUAAAUCAAGUGAAGCUUUAAAUGAUGAUUCUAGAAGUUCACUCUUGUGUGUUGCUGAUGAUGAGGAGAGGUAUCGGGGAUGUGAGCCGUUGGUCUUGUCAUGCCCCAGCUGCUCUGGUACAUUUGACUGCCCACCCGUCUUUAAAUCUAUUUGCUGUUUGUUGGGAAGUGAAAGGCCAACCAACGUACCCCCGGAGGAUUCUGACUACAAUUUCUGGCGUAAGUUGUGCUGUCCAAAAUGCCCAGAAGAUGUUAAAAUUUCUCCUGCGAUGAUAGCUAAUCAGGUCAAAAGGCAAGCAGAGAUGUUUGUUUUAAUGUACUAUAGAGGCUUACUGAUGUGUGAUGAUGAAACGUGUAAGCAUACAACGCGAAGUAUCAGCCUUAGGUUGGUUGGUGAUUCUGAGAGAGGAACUGUUUGUCCAAAUUAUCCUCGCUGCAACGGCCGUCUGCUUAGAAAGUAUACUGAAGCAGACUUGUACAAGCAGCUCUCGUAUUUUUGCCAUGUGUUUGACGCUGUUUCUUGUAUAGAAAAGAUGGAGGCCAAAUCUAGGAUAACGAUAGAGAAAGAGGUGGUCAAAAUUAGGCCGAUGAUUGAUCCAGCAGCUUCAACAGCACAAAAGAUCAGGGACCGUUGUGCCUUUGGGUGGGUGAGACUGGAGGAUCUAGUCAUUACAGUUUAA